CUUUUUUAAAGAGUAAGAUUACUGACUAUCGCAUCCACAUAGCAGUUAGCUGAAGAUAAAGUUAAGUUUAUUAAAAAGCAGAAAAUAUUAAAAAAUAUAAAAAUAUAAAGUAUGGAAAUAGAAAUUAAAAAAGAAAAGAAGAAAAAAAAAAUUAAGGAAGAACCGCUUGAUGAUUUAGGUGAAAUUCAAAAAAGCGGAGACUUUCAAAUAAAACCAUCGGAAGCAAUUUCAAAAUUAGAUACAUCUCAAUGGCCACUAUUGUUAAAAAACUUUGAUAGACUUAAUGUUCGGACAAACCAUUAUACACCUUUACCUUUUGGCUCAUCCCCAUUGAAUAGAAAUAUUAAAGAGUAUGUGAAAUCUGGAUUCAUUAAUCUAGAUAAACCAUCAAAUCCUAGUUCACAUGAAGUUGUAGCUUGGAUCAAAAGAAUAUUGAAAGUUGAAAAGACAGGGCAUUCGGGCACAUUGGACCCUAAGGUUACAGGAUGCUUAAUUGUUUGUAUUGAUCGUGCUACUCGGCUUGUUAAAUCUCAACAGAGCGCUGGUAAAGAAUAUGUUGCUGUUUUUAAACUUCAUUCGCAGGUCGACUCACUUUUAAAAAUUAAACAAGGGCUAGAAAAAUUAAGAGGUGCUCUUUUCCAAAGGCCACCAUUAAUUUCAGCUGUUAAAAGAGAAUUAAGAGUCAGAACAAUUUAUGACAGUAAAAUAUGUGAUUACGAUGAACAGCGAAAUAUGGGUGUAUUUUGGGUUAGUUGUGAAGCAGGCUCAUAUAUUCGCACACUAUGUGUGCAUUUGGGUCUUGUACUUGGUGUUGGUGGACAGAUGUUAGAACUUAGACGUGUAAGAUCAGGUAUUCAAACUGAGAGAGAUGAAAUGGUAACAAUGCAUGAUGUACUUGAUGCGCAAUAUUUGUACGAAAAUCAUAAAGAUGAAUCAAUGUUAAGACGAGUAAUAAAGCCAUUGGAGGGACUUUUAACUGGGCAUAAAAGAAUCAUAAUGAAAGACAGUUCGGUAAAUGCAGUUUGUUAUGGUGCCAAAAUAAUGUUACCUGGAGUGCUGAGAUACGAGGAUGGCAUUGAAAUAGACCAAGAAAUUGUUAUAGUUACUACAAAAGGAGAAGCUAUUGCUUUAGCUAUUGCUUUAAUGACAACUUCUACAAUGGCAUCUUGUGAUCAUGGUGUGGUCGCAAAAAUUAAACGUGUUAUAAUGGAACGUGACGUUUAUCCCAGGAAGUGGGGAUUGGGUCCAAAAGCAUCAGCGAAGAAAGCUUUGAUUGCUGCCGGUAAAUUAGAUAAGUAUGGUAGACCAAAUGAAAACACACCUAAAGAAUGGUUAACUGGAUAUGUUGAUUAUAAUAAGUCACAAAAGGAGCGAACAAGUGAACCAUCAAUAGAAAAUGAAAAGCAAAAAAAACGUAAGUUAAGUGAGGGAAGUAAUGCAGUUAACGCAGAUUCAACUUUGGAUUCAACAAUGCUAAGUUCAGUUGACAUCUCUGAAAAGAAAAAGAAAAAGAAACGUAAAAAGGAUCAAGAUGAUAAUGAAAAAGAAGGAGAAAUUUCUAAUAUAGCUGAUAGUAGUUUGGUAGAGGAAUUGGAAAAUGGUGAAAAGAAAGAGAAAAAGAAAAAGAAGAAAAAGAAUAAAGAAAAGGAUAAGGAAGAAGAUGAAUGAUUUUAUUUUAAAAAUCUUCAUGCGCAAAUUGCAUUUAAGUUUCAGUACAAGAUCAACAAUGCAAAAUUAAUAGACCUUAAAAUAUAAGUUACCAAAAUAAAUACUUUUAGAUCGCAAAAAUAUAACUUAAGAAAAUCAUUAAGAAAUUUGAAAUUUAUUUCUUAAGUCAACUUUAUUUUAUAUAAGAUAACAUGGAUUUUUUGUUUUUACAUAUACUUGAUUAUUGUAUUAAAGUAAUUUUUAUAUUUAAGUUGUAAAAAAAUGAGAAACAAACCUAUUCAUAUUUGUUAAUACUUAAAUUUAUAGAAUAUAAAAUAGAAAAUAGCUAUGUAUGUCUAUUUUAAUAAUAUGUAUUUUCUUUGAAUUCUAAUUUUACGAUAAAAAACUUAAUUUUCCAGAAUAGUUUCAGUAUUUCAAAAAAUCAAACGAAAUUGCUUUUAUGUUAAUAAGCUUUGGCGCAUGGUCUAUUUGAUUUGAAAAAGUAUUAAAGCCGAAAAAUGUUAUUUUGAAUUAAGUACUCACAAUCAAUGUUUACAAGCAAAUUUAAAGCAAAAUUUAACUUUAGGUACUGCUAUUAUUUUUUUUAAGAGCUAAUUCUAUAUUUCGUUUACGCUGCAAUGUAUUGUUUUUAAAUGCGGCAGCCAGACGACAUAAAUUAAGCGAUAUUCAAAGAGUCAAAUACAUACAUAAAAUAUUAUAAUACAUAAAAUAAUAUAAUAUAAUACGGAACUUACCAAUUUCAGUCUAUUUUCUAGUUCUACGUUCUGUAUUACUGCAUACUGUAACCUUCCAUUGGGUUAAUGUUUGGGAAAUAAUUUUUAUACUAGAUUUAAAAAUAAGAAGCCAAAAGCAUUUGUCACAAGUUUUUUCAAGAAAAGUAUAGGAGAUGGGGAUUUUGUUAACUUACUUGAAUAGAUAAAAUUCGUAUGGCUUAGAUGCCUAUGCAAUUAAAACAAAAAUUGGCAACAGACGGAGAAAAUAGCGAAAACAUAAUGCAAGAAAAAAGAUUUAAAAAUAAGAAGCCAAAAGCAUUUGUCACAAGUUUUUACAAGAAAAGUAUAGGAGAUGGGGAUUUUAUAACUUACUUGAAUAGAUAAAAUUCGUAUGGCUUAGAUGCCUAUGCAAUUAAAACAAAAAUUGGGAACAGACGGAGAAAAUAGCGAAAACAUAAUGCAAGAAAAAAGAUUUAAAAAUAAGAAGCCAAAAGCAUUUGUCACAAGUUUUUACAAGAAAAGUAUAGGAGAUGGGGAUCUUGUUAACUUACUUGAAUAGAUAAAUUUCAUAUUGCCGGUGUGAACAUACAGCAUAUACAUAAUUAAGGAUAUAAAAUGAAAAGGUAAAAUAACUUUUGUUGCUUGUAAAUAAACUAGAAACAUGGUUCAAUUAUAUAUACUCGUAUAACACACACAAACAGCCGAACAUAAAAUUUCUGAAUUGAAUAAACACGUUUUAAAUAUAUACAAACAUAUAUCUAAUUUUUUUAUUGAAUAAAGUUAUAUAUAUUUUUCAAAUCACA